UUCACUCGUCUUGCGAUGCAAGACUAUCCAGAGGAUGGCGGAAAGGGGAUGUCACAAGUAUUCAAUGGGAGUAAAAUGUUGUUCGAUCUCCCGUCGCCGCCAGCGGUUCAGGUGGACAGGACCGUGUAUUUUACGGACGAACUGUUGCAGGAGUCUUCAGGAGGCUAUUUCAUCCCAAAACGAUUCUUU